UCACCGCUCGAGACGCAGCCAGAGAGGAGAAGCGCGUGAAGCGAGAACAACCUGAUCCAGCGGGACUGAGAACGGAGAAACACCAAGAGAGGGAACAGAGAGGCCGAUAGACUGUGACAAAUAUACAGGGAGGCGCAAUAAAAGAGAGACACGCUUAGAUAAGAUCCAUAUUUGCAGUCAAGUGAAUCGCGCUGUAGUGAGAAUAAUCUGACUUUUGCAGCGGAGCGUUCAGAGAAUUACGCGUUCGAAGGUGAACCAACUUUUACGCACGGAUCUUUGGAGAUGAGGGGUGUCACUUAUGAGGAGACUGCUGCAUUAUUGAACAAUUUAAAAGCGAUUUUAAGACGGGAGCUCGGAGUCUGAUCAUCUUUGAGCUUUGACUGGAGAGUGGACGCAUCGAGCACUUUGGCACAUGUCAUUUUUUUUAAUACAUUUGGAGACAUUUUUUGGAUUCACAGCUGGAGCUUAUUGGUACUGUCUCUUACACAGCAGACUGAUAUAAUAGGAACUGAGCGGCUGUAGCUUUCGUGUAUCAUAACACCCUGCAUUACGCACCUGUCCUAGAGUACCCUUGACGUCUCCCUUUGAGAGUUUUCAAAACACGGGUAUGGACAGAGUCAGACGUCUAGCCUGCGUGCGGGCGGCUCACAACACCGGGACGAGGCUCGGUGCAGCCGGGGGAUUGGACACCGAGGUGCUAAAUGCCCAGCCGGUCGCUUGCGGCUCCUCAGGCUGGGCGGCAACAUGAGGUCCUGGGUCCUGCUGCAGCUGCUGGCUGCGCUCUCAGCGGCCCGUCUGCGGCUCGGCAGCGCUGAGGGUGAUCCUCUCCCAACGUCGCUGGUCGACCUGGUGAGGAAUUCUCCCAUCUCUUCUGUAGAUGACCUGAAGCUUCUGCUGCAGCAGGAGACCAAUGCAAUAGAAGAGGAAGAAGACGAGCAUGAUAUUCUCACAAACCACACCCAUGGCCGAUACAUUAGAAGUCUUGUGGAGGCGCCACAAGCCCAGCAGGCGGCGUGUAAAGUUCGGACAGAGGUGAUGGAGGUGACGAGGUCCAUGCUGGACCGCCGUAAUGCCAACUUCUUGCUGUGGCCACUCUGCGUGGAGGUGCAGCGAUGUUCUGGCUGCUGCAACAGCAGGCUGCUGCAGUGCGUCCCCACUGUCACCUCGAGCAGAUACCUACAGGUAUAUAAGAUCCAGUACAUAAACAGGAAAGUCCACUACGACAAAGCCAUCAUCUCAGUGGAAGACCAUGUCAGCUGCAGGUGUCAAUCUUCCUCAUCGUCUUCCUCUUCUUCUUCAUCUUCUUCCUCCUCAUCUGUUUCCAUCCCUCACAUCUCCGUUCAGAGCAACCCCAACCCCCCUCCGCCUCCACCGCAGCAGCCUCCCCCGUCCUCCCACCUCCCACGCACUGUCCACCCUGCUCCACCCAAGACUCAGGCCUCCAAGGCUGACCUCCAUCGCCACGACGACCUGAAGCACAACCAGCACCACUACCGUGCCGAGGAGCGCGAGCCGGUGGCGAGGCAGUGGCAGCAGGGGAGCUACACCCAGCUGGUUCACUGGACGCAGCCUAGGGUGCACCAGUCACCCACACACGUGCAGGCGGGGGUGCACCAGCCAAUUGGUGGGCCGCUCCGGCCGGUCAGCAGCUGGCCAUCUGAGGCGAGGGGGGAGCACAGCAUCAUGGGAAGUACUCAGCAGGUCGGGCACGGUAGCGGACUUGACGGGAGCAAGGAGGAAGGCAGUGUGAGCGUAGCAAACAGCGGCAGUGAAGUGCAUCAUCCUGAUCAUGCGCAGAGGCAGCAACAGUUGUUACAGCAUCAGCAGAAAUAUCAGCAUCAUCACCAACAGCACCAUCAGCAGCCGUCGUCACAGCCAUAUAACCACGGAGGAUCAGAGGACCCAGAGCUGAGGACGCAUUAUCGCUUCAAUACUCCCCAAUCAGACAGCGCCUCCCCACCUAGCAGCCCGACCCAGUCGCCCAAAUCAGAACAAAACUCCACCCCUCCUGAACCCACCAAACAGAAAGACUCAGUGACCAGCCAAAAAACUACAGAGGUCACAAAUCAAAAACAGACAGAGACUGAAACAACUACUCAUAAAGAAGGGAACGAGAGAGAGGAAAGUGGUUCAACCAAUAGCGGGGACUCGGCCGGGGCAGAGCUGGCCAAUCAGGGAAAGAAAAAAGACUCUAAAGUGACCAGUGGGGAUGGUCAUUUAACAGAAGAAGAGAGGAGUCUGAAACUUCUGGAGAUCGUACAGAGGGAACCGGACCCACAAACUCAUCUUCAUCCGCAUCAUCCUCAGCAAAGACCAAAGCCAACCACAUUUAAAACAGCCCUCUCUACUGUGGCUCCCAUGUCACUCUCAGUCCGUCAGUCCCCGUUCCGACCGGCUUUGCCUCGCCGCAGGAGGAAACACCGCAAACGCAUCAGCAAAGCAGCCAUCAGGGCAAUGCUCAUGUAGAGCUGCAGGAAACUGUAAAGCUAACCGAAAGCUUUAGGCCAGACAACCUGCUCCAAAGGGAUAUGCAGAUACUGGAAAUAUGGGAUUCUUGAAUGUGGGAAGACUGACUCUGUGGACGGAAGCUGGAAAAAAAAACGACACACCUGGUGGACACUGCCGCUGUUAUCAACAGACAGCUACAUAGAAAAUCACCUUUUCUGCUCCACUCAUGAGGACGUCAUGUUGUUUGGCUGUCGCCGAGUGUCCAGCUUCAUGGAUAUAAUAAAAGUGUAAUCUUAUGAACUCCAUGGACUGGAGGAUAUUUGCCACACUAAACACUGGAAUUCAUCUAUAUGAACCACAAAUCCCAUUACUGUGGAUCGAUGGAAGUUAAUCAGAUGCCCAAAGCUAGACUGGGGGUGUCUUUGGCGGCCAUUGAUUGGCUGCUUGAACACUUUUGACUUCCACCUCAACUACUGAUUGGUGAACAUGAUUAUGACUUGGACUUGAAAGUCAUAAUUAGGGGCUGAAUGUGGAGGUCAAGUUGACUUGAGAACGAAACUGGAGACGUGGAGAACUAGAUUUCUACACCGGGACGAUAACUGGAAACUGAAGGGUGCAGCUCAGACCUUAAUGCCAAACAUUAUUGUUAUUCUGCAAAUCUGAAUCUAACUGUAUCUAACACUGGAGUAGCCAUUCACUGAUCAUACUACAUUGACUGUAGAAAUGUGCUCUACUGUGUACUGUAGCUUAAUGUACUGGAAAAUAUUGAUAACCUACUCAUUUUGUUUUACUGCCAGAUCAAAUGGAAUAACAACCAAAUGCCUGCCUAGAUAACAUGCUAUGAAUAUCCACAUUAAAACAAGUCUUAAAGACCUGGCUUUUAGAGAUCGCCGCUGUGAGUCAGUUAUAGCCAACACUGUAUGUAUAAAUGCUUUUAGAGAAUGAUUUCUGGGGGAAAAAAAAACAAAACUUUAUUUCUUAACUUAUUUAAAAGGACAAUAUGAAGUCCUCCAGUUCUCAAGUGUAAUUAUUGUUGCAGAUUAUAAUUAUUGGUUGUACACUGUUACUGUAAUUAAUGUUAUUUUUAAUAUAAAAUAAAAAUGUUCAACAAA